AUGGACAAUACGAGCGCAACCAUCCUGCAGAGCUCCUCUUCGCUUGUGGCUCCGCAACCCCAGCGUACAGAACAGCAGACGACCUUCUCUUCGUUCGCGCACGUUCUCGACGCUCGGAUCUUGCGAGCGCUUUCCAAAUUAGGAUUCGCUCACCCGACCACUGUACAACAGCGGCUGAUUCCUCUAGCCCUCUCUGGCAAGGAUUUGCUCGCACAAGCACCGACAGGCAGCGGCAAGACGCUUGCCUACGCGUUACCUGCUGUACAAAGGAUAUUAUCAGCCAAGAGCGCCAUCCCUCUCACCGAUCCAGCGAGACAGCAGACGAGAUGUGUGGUGCUUGUACCAACGCGCGAACUAGCAGAACAGGUGACUAGGCAGAUAGCCCAUGUGUUGGAGUAUCUUGACGACGAGACGGUAGCUGCCGUCAACGCUGCAUGCGAGGGAGGCAAAGGGGUUCACAAGUGAGUGGGGGCGAGCGCACCAAACGCACGCGCGCACGCCUGAAUGAACCUCGAUCCCGUCAGACUUCUCCUCUCCACUCACCCAGACAUUGUCAUCAGCACACCUACGAGAACGUUGGCACACAUCGAAACCGGAGCGCUGUCCCUCUCGUCUCUUCAAUUGCUCGUCCUGGACGAGGCAGAUCUUAUCCUUUCGUAUGGUCACGCCGGAGACGUAAAGGCUCUUUUGGAACAUUCGACGCUACCAUCGCGAUGGCAAAACAUACUCUGCAGUGCUACGCUCGGACCGGAAGUCAGGCAAUUGAUGGGCGCGAAACUACGAAAGCCAGUGCGUGGAAACAAGCUUGAGCGAAGUACGAGCGCACUUGACACCAGCCCGCCCCUGCACAGGUCACAUUGAGACUCCAGCCUUCCCUUCAUCUCUCUCACUUGGCGCAGUAUAGCGUGCAGCUCACUUCUCAAGCGGACAAGUUCCUCCUCAUCUUCGUCAUCUUACGCCUCAAAUUGGUCCGAGGCAAGUGUAUCAUCUUUGUCAACUCGACGGAGCGCGCGUACAGAGUAAGAUUGUUCUUGGAGCAGUUUGGAAUUCGCAGCACCGUGUUGAAUGAGGAGCUGCCGGUGGAGAGCAGGUUAGUCUGCGCAGUCCCUUCGCCCACCACGCGUUCCUUAUCACAUUCUCCUUGUCUUGGCAGGUUUCACAUCGUCCAGCAGUUCAACAAGGGCGUCUACGACUACAUUGUAGCGACCGAUGAAUCCCGCUUCGGUGUCGACGCCGCAACUGCACACCAAGAAGAGCAAGACCUCGCGCGAGAGCAAAGUCGGGCGUCGGUCGAGGGAUCGGCAGAAUUCGAGGUGGAAGAAGAAGAGGCCGUCCCUCUCGGGGCUGAACGAAAUUCUCCCAAAGCCGACACCGCUGCAAGCGAUGAGAGGAAGAGAAAACGGGAUGAAGAAGGAGGAUCCUCCAGAGAGAGCAAGGUUGCAGAGCGCAGCUCAAAGCGCCGCGGUGGAGACGCCGAGUAUGGCGUGGCGCGCGGUAUCGACUUCGUCUCGGUAGCCUGUGUCAUCAAUUUUGACCUGCCAGUGACGGCGCGAGGAUACGUUCAUCGAAUUGGACGGACGGCCAGGGCGGGUCAGACUGGUACAAGUCUUUCAUUUGUCGUCCCCUCGUCCGUGUGGAAGUCCGAAAGCGCUGAUGGAUCAGCAUCGGCAGGUCCACUGAAAAAGUCUGGCGUCUCGCAUGCAACUGCUGCUAUGGACGAAGGUACUUGGUCACGUAUCGAGGAGGACCAAAGACAAAAGGGAACGACGAUCAAGGAGUGGAACUUUGACAAGCCUCAAAUUGAAGGAUUUAGAUACCGAGUGGACGAUGCGAUGAGAGCCGUCACGCGAGCUGCGAUCAAGGAAGCUCGCAUCAAGGAGAUCAAGCAGGAGCUGUUGAAUAGCGAGAAGCUCAAGGUGUGUAUGAGAUGGGUGGUGGUGAUGAUGACACACACACAGCUGACGCUCCUCCCUCUUUUCCAGGCCCACUUUGAAGACAAUCCGCACGAUCUGGCUUAUUUGCGCCACGACAAGUCUUUGCACUCGACGCGCGUCCAACCGCAUUUGAAACACGUCCCGUCGUACCUGAUGCCUCGCAUUACGCGGCUCAAGCAGCCUAGCGGGCCCAGCUCUGCGAGCUCAGAUCCGACAGCAAGCGGGUCGUCUAGACCAGCCACAGAUUCGGAGGGACGCAAUGUGGGCUAUGUUGGUUUUGCAAAGAAUUCGACUGGACGCGGCGGAGGACGCGCACGCGGACGCGGUCGUGGCGGGAGCAGAGGGGGCGGAAGAGGCAAGAAAGCCGAUCCGCUCAGAAAAUUUGGCAAGGCUUAGUGGCGUACAUUUGUCCAGUCAUGUCAUCGCCGCAAGCAUUGUGAUAGAUUUUUGUGGCCAAUGUGGCGGGAUGA